GACACCAUGGCCCCGAAGAUGAUCCUCCUCCUCUGCUUGUUCUCGGGCUUGCAUGCACGGUCCAGAAAGGUGGAAGAGGAUGAAUAUGAAGAUUCUUCAUCAAACCAAAAGUGGGUCUUGGCUCCAAAAUCCCAAGACACUGAUGUAACUCUUAUUCUUAACAAAUUGCUAAGAGAAUAUGAUAAAAAGCUGAGGCCGGAUAUUGGAAUAAAACCGACCGUAAUUGAUGUUGACAUUUAUGUUAACAGCAUUGGUCCUGUGUCAUCAAUAAACAUGGAAUACCAAAUUGAUAUAUUUUUUGCUCAGACCUGGACAGACAGUCGUCUUCGAUUCAACAGCACAAUGAAAAUACUCACACUUAACAGCAACAUGGUUGGGUUGAUAUGGAUCCCUGACACAAUCUUCCGAAAUUCUAAAACGGCAGAGGCUCACUGGAUCACAACUCCCAAUCAACUCCUCAGAAUUUGGAAUGAUGGGAAAAUCCUUUACACUUUAAGGCUCACCAUCAAUGCAGAGUGCCAGCUGCAGCUGCAUAACUUCCCCAUGGAUGAGCACUCCUGCCCUCUGAUCUUCUCCAGCUAUGGCUACCCAAAAGAAGAAAUGAUUUAUAGAUGGAGAAAAAAUUCAGUUGAGGCAGCUGACCAGAAAUCAUGGCGGCUUUAUCAGUUUGACUUCAUGGGCCUCAGAAACACCACRGAAAUCGUGACAACUUCUGCAGGGGAUUAUGUUGUCAUGACUAUAUAUUUUGAAUUGAGCAGAAGAAUGGGAUACUUUACUAUUCAGACAUACAUUCCCUGUAUACUGACUGUGGUUUUAUCCUGGGUGUCAUUUUGGAUUAAAAAAGAUGCUACACCAGCAAGAACAGCAUUAGGCAUCACCACUGUGCUCACCAUGACCACGCUCAGCACCAUAGCCAGGAAGUCCCUGCCACGAGUGUCCUAUGUGACAGCCAUGGACCUCUUUGUGACCGUGUGCUUCCUGUUCGUUUUUGCUGCUCUGAUGGAAUAUGCCACCCUCAAUUACUAUUCAAGCUGUAGAAAACCAACUGUCACGAAGAAGAAAACAUCGUUAUUACACCCAGAUUCCUCAAGAUGGAUUCCUGAGCGUAUAAGCUUACAAACACCCUCUAACUAUUCUCUCCUGGAUAUGAGGCCACCUCCGCCUGCUAUGAUCACUUUAAACAAUUCGGUGUAUUGGCAGGAAUUUGAAGAUACCUGUGUCUAUGAGUGUCUGGAUGGCAAAGACUGUCAGAGCUUCUUCUGCUGCUAUGAAGAAUGUAAAUCAGGAUCAUGGAGGAAAGGGCGGAUCCACAUAGACAUCUCGGAGCUGGACUCGUACUCCCGGGUCUUUUUCCCCACGUCGUUCCUGCUCUUUAACCUGGUCUAUUGGGUUGGAUACCUGUAUCUUUAAGUGCUGCCCUUAGUGAUCAGUGAGGAGCACUUGGUUCACAUCCUUCACCUUCCAUCACCCCAGACUAGUAGUGACCAGUUGAGAAUAGCAAGGAAGGUCACUGCUCACUUUAUCUUUAAGUUAUGAAUUACCUUUCAGCAGCACAGGAAGUAUCUGGCAAAUAUUCCUAAUAUGUACACAUAUACACAUUAAUUUAAUUUUUGAGUGAUAUUCUUACUAAUCCCUUACUGCAUCUGUAGCUUGGUGAUAUUUAUGAAUGGUUUUGGAUAUUGGAAGCAGCUGCCUAUUACCCUUGCAAAGAAAUCUGUAAAACACAGAAGCAAAUGUCUGA